AUGCCAAAAAAAUAUCGUAAGUCGCGUAGGCUUAAUGCCUCUGCAGAAGCAGAUGACCUUGAGCUGUCAUUCGGCUCCGUAUCAUUGCGGCCUGAUGAAGCAGACCAGCUGGACACUCUGAAACGAGAACUUAAGAAGGCAGAAAAGCGUGCUGUUGAGGCAGAGCAACGGGCAGCGUCACUGCUUAAGGCAAGCACGCCCUCUAUGCCAUCGCCAGGAACACCCCAGUCGUCAACCGGCGUGUCACCAAGGAUUCAAAUCCCUCGAACCAAGCCGACUGAUGUCCCGCCCCCGUGCAGUGACGUCAUCUCCGACACGGUCAAGCCCGUAUCCUUUGCGACAGUCCUCGUGCUGAUGGCAACGAUGGUAACCCUCCUACUGGUUCCUGUGUGCAGCUUAGGUAAACUCAUUUGGCGCUCGUGCAGUGAGUUUACCGGCGACUUUGACGAUGGAAAGUUCAAUAGUCGUUUUACGCACACAGCCAUCCCUAUUGGAGAAACUCCCGGACACCCCACGUCCGCCGCCAUUCGGGCAACACGACCAAAACGUGCUAAAAACUCCCCUGACUCAGUGAGAAAAGAAAAGAACUGCGACUCGCCCUGUGUCCCCGAUAAAGAUGCAGAAUCCGGUUCAAGUGCCGGAUCGCAAAGUGCAGAACUAUCUAAUCUUACUGACGAGCAAAACGACCAAGAAAAUGAUGGUUCAAGUGAUCGUGCCCCUAUGGUCGCUAACACCGGUUCCAGUGCUGGACAUCACUCAUCUUGGGUUAACGGUUACACAUCAGAGGAGAUUGCUGCAAUGCAACGAGCAGACCCCGGACUGAAAGUUGUACUUGAUUGGUUCUGGAUUUGUUGUUUGCAUGUUUCAGGUGUUGUGUGCCCUCUGGGUGUUGGGGUGCAGCACAUUUGGCCCAAACUUAUUGAUGGAAACUGCGGAAUAUCGGAAGUCGAAGGUCCCGGUUACGAGAAGAUCCCGUGUCAAGUUGCUGGAUAUGUGCCUAAAGGGGAUGGAGUCGGACAAUUCCAAGCAUCGAAGACUGUGUCUUCCUCGGAGCAGAGAACAAUGAGUGAUGCUUCCGUAUUCGCCUUAGCAGCAGCCGAAGAAGCCUUGACGCAAGCAAAAUGGACGCCAACAAACGAAGACGACAAACGAGAAUCAGGUGUUGCUGUUGGUAUGGGAAUGGUCGGUCUAGAAGAUAUUGUAAACACAGGAAUAACUCUCCAAAAUAAGGGUUACCGGAAGGUUAGCCCUUACUUUGUUCCUCGUAUUCUGACCAACAUGGCCGCCGGACACAUCAGCAUCAGGUACAACUUAAAGGGUCCCAAUCAUGCAGUAUCCACAGCGUGCACGACCGGCGCCCAUGCCAUCGGUGACGCAUUCAGGUUUAUCAGAAACGGAGACGCUAAUGUGAUGGUCGCCGGUGGCACUGAAGCUUGCAUCAGCCCGAUCGCCAUCGCUGGAUUUGCGAGGGCUAGAGCGUUAAGUAAGAAUUUCAAUGCGACGCCUUCAUCUGCCUCAAGACCAUUUGAUAAGGACAGGGAUGGUUUUGUUAUGUCUGAAGGAGCAGCCAUCGUAGUAUUGGAGGAGUAUCAACAUGCUUGUAAUCGUGGUGCGACGAUUCUUGCCGAAAUCCUUGGCUAUGGUCUCUCAGGUGAUGCCAAUCACAUGACCGCACCACGUGAUGACGGUGAAGGAGCCGAGCUGUGUAUGAGAGCUGCCCUGAGGGAUUCUGGGAUAGCUGCAGAUGAAGUGACGUACAUCAAUGCACAUGCAACCUCAACGCCGCUUGGUGAUGCAGCUGAGAACCAUGCCAUUAAGAGACUCUUCCGGAACCAGACUAACAAUCUCGCGGUAUCGUCCACCAAAGGUGCUACUGGUCAUCUGUUAGGUGCGGCUGGGUCGUUGGAAGCUGUCUUCAUGGUCAUGGCUUGCAAAACGCUCACCCAUAUUUCAUUGAGCUUGAUGCUUCAUGCACCUACCACCGCACCUAGUUUGGUCACCAUGGCAACUGAACAGAUCGCCGCAUACCAAUUCCAGUUAGCAAUGAGCAUAGUCAAGGGCAACGCAAGACACUUGUCAGCUUUGAUGUUGUACCUGUCAAUGAUCUGGGCUACCCUGUUGGUUCACCAGGGAGUAGCAUCUGGGCUUAUACACCAGGGAGUAGCAGUGACUGGAUCCCAAGUAGCAACUUAUUAGAGGACAUACCAGGCACAGCCGCUAACAGGAUGCCUAACUUCCCCAUCAAGACAGUGUCCAGAGAGGAUGGCUUCCAAAGGAACAAGGUAAUCCUAUACAUCAGCACUGCCCAGCUCACAAGUGACAGCGAGUCAACAUGGCCAUUGGAGAUGGGGAAGGAUGACAGCUCAUGGAAUGAACAGUCUGGAACCCUGUAGCCACCACGCAAGUUCAUGGCAUGAACUCAAAGAUGAAGAAAAGAGCGACUACAAAGAACUUCAAAGAGUGCUCACCCAUACUUCAUUGAGCUUGAUGAUGCUUCAUGCACCUACCACCGCACCUAGUUUGGUCACCAUGGCAACUGAACAGAUCGCCGCAUACCAAUUCCAGUUAGCAAUGAGCGUAGUCAAGGGCAACGCAAGACACCUGUCAGCUUUGUUGUUGUACCUGUCAAUGAUCUGGGCUACCCUGUAGGUUCACCAGGGAGUAGCAUCUGGACUUAUACACCAGGGAGCAGCAGUGACUGGAUCCCAAGUAGCAACUUAUUAGAGGACAUACCAGGCACAGCCGCUAACAGGAUAUGCCUAACUUCCCCAUCAAGACAGUGUCAAGAGAGGAUGGCUUCUAAAUGAACAAACACCUGUGGGCUGGUUUGGUGAGCAACAUGAGCCAAUGGGAGGAGUGACAGCUCGUGGAAUGGCAAGAACGCCUGGAACCCUGUAGCCACCAUGGAACUUCAUGGCAUCAAUCCAACUUCUUGGCACCAAUCCAUAGAUGAAGAAAAGAGCGACUACAAAGAACUUCAAAGAGUGCUCACCCAUAUUUCAUUGAGCUUGAUGCUUCAUGCACCUACCACCGCACCUAGUUUGGUCACCAUGGCAACUGAACAGAUCGCCGCAUACCAAUUCCAGUUAGCAAUGAGCAUAGUCAAGGGCAACGCAAGACACUUGUCAGCUUUGUUGUUGUACCUGUCAAUGAUCUGGGCUACCCUGUUGGUUCACCAGGGAGUAGCAUCUGGACUUAUACACCAGGGAGCAGCAGUGACUGGAUCCCAAGUAGCAACUUAUUAGAGGACAUACCAGGCACAGCCGCUAACAGGAUAUGCCUAACUUCCCCAUCAAGACAGUGUCAAGAGAGGAUGGCUUCUAAAUGAACAAACACCUGUGGGCUGGUUUGGUGAGCAACAUGAGCCAGUGGGAGGAGUGACAGCUCGUGGAAUGGCAAGAACGCCUGGAACCCUGUAGCCACCAUGGAACUUCAUGGCAUCAAUCCAACUUCUUGGCACCAAUCCAUAGAUGAAGAAAAGAGCGACUACAAAGAACUUCAAAGAGUGCUCACCCAUAUUUCAUUGAGCUUGAUGCUUCAUGCACCUACCACCGCACCUAGUUUGGUCACCAUGGCAACUGAACAGAUCGCCGCAUACCAAUUCCAGUUAGCAAUGAGCAUAGUCAAGGGCAACGCAAGACACUUGUCAGCUUUGUUGUUGUACCUGUCAAUGAUCUGGGCUACCCUGUUGGUUCACCAGGGAGUAGCAUCUGGGCUUAUACACCAGGGAGCAGCAGUGACUGGAUCCCAAGUAGCAACUUAUUAGAGGACAUACCAGGCACAGCCGCUAAACAGGAUGCCUAACUUCCCCAUCAAGACAGUGUCCAGAGAGGAUGGCUUCCAAAGGAACAAGGUAAUCCUAUACAACAGCACUGCCCAGCUCACAAGUGACAGCGAGUCAACAUGGCCAUUGGAGAUGGGGAGGGAUGACAGCUCAUGGAAUGAACAGUCUGGAACCCUGUAGCCACCACGCAAGUUCAUGGCAUGAACUCAAAGAUGAAGAAAAGAACCACUGCAAAGAACUACAGAGAGAGGUGAGUUAAUUCUUAAGAGAGUUUGAAAAGUUUCAUGUAUUUAAUAAUCCUUUGUUGAAACUCAAAUUGCAGUGAGAAUGAUUUUUUGUUUGAGUGUUUUCAAGUUUUUGAUAUGGCAACCAAAUAGGUAAAACAAUGAAAACAGAGGUAUGGAAUUUAAUUCUCGAAAAGGCAAGAGAAUCUUCAGGAGGCAGUCGGGCCACAGUGAAGGCCACGGAGGCCACAGCUUCCUGAAAUUCAAUACAGCAAUUGACUUGAACAUGUGUUACAAUAAUUUGCAACCAAGAAUGUGUUUACCAUUAAAGAAAAAUAAAACAUUUCGUCAAGACAAUCCAAUUGUGAUUAUAGUUCACAGCAGUCUUUAUUCUGUAAAUUCAGACAGGUAGGCAAAUUAGAUAAGUAUUUUUGUUCAUCUUUAGCAGACAUUUUGAUGAUUAAAUUAUUAUCAACAUUAGUGUUUCAUUAAUGUAAAUUCAAAUGGACAAAGCUUGUAAAUGCAAAAACUACAAGAAUCCUCUUUUUAGUGGAUAUUAAAAGACUCAUUUUGAAAGUAAUCUUUAUCAACUUUCAUAGUGAUACAUUUGCUUAACGGUACAUUGUACAUAGGAUCAUUUGCCUUUGGCAGGUUUUUUUAAGCAUCAAAAGUGUUCAACAUUUAAAGUAUUACUUUAUUAUUCUGUUCAAGCCUUAGCUGAGUGUCUACUAUACAUUUUGGAAAAAA